AUGGGUGUUGAUCCUUUUGAUCUAUCCACGACACUGGAGUCAGAUCGGAAAUACAACUUCUUAAAACAUGCCGAGCCAGGGAAGGAAUUCCAGCCACUAGGUUCCGAGACGAAGUAUUGGCUACCCGAGAAUUUUGAGCAACACUCCACGGGAUCCAAUGAUUUCAAAAUCGAUACAAAAGUAACCGCCAAUUAUGCCGGAUUCUCUGCCGAAGGUGGUGCAGGAUUGUGUGGAAUCUGCAGUCUCGACCAGAAGAUUUCCUCCAUCGGUACGACGUAUGAUUCAGUAGAAGACGGGUUUAUCAGUGCCGCUGCUAAGCUCCCGACUUGGAAGUCGAUAUCCAAGGAUCUCGAGAAUUUCGAUGAAGUCACCGGUAUCUACAGUGCGUUUGCAAAAUUCUAUUCCAGAUACGGAUAUCAUUUGAUACAGGAAGGCUAUAUGGGCACACGAUACCAGCUCAAAGUAGAUCAGAAAGAAGUAAUGCAAGAAAAGGGAGAGGAGUUCUCAACAAACAUCAAAGCCGAGUAUCAAGGCGCAAUUGGAGGAUCCGUCAGUGUUGAUGUCAAGAAAUCGGAGUCGUAUGAGAAAUACACAUCACAACGACAAAGUGAUUGCAAAGUUCUUGGAGGAGAUCCUGGAAAAGCUGGCACACUUUCCCAUCUAUCCCCAGAUGAUGUGAAUGUAUAUAAUGCAGCGUUCAAGGGAUGGCAAGAAAGCCGCAAAGAAGGGUCGACGGAUGCUCUCCUUCAUAUAAGCGUCAUGGAGAUUGGAAGCUUCCUGAAAGGCAGCUAUGUGAAAAGUCAAUUGGCAGCUGCUGAUCGUCUUCCCUCUGCCUGGUCUUAUUUUAAGGAUUUUUAUACCUUCCAGGAACUGAUGACUGCUAUGAGCUUAUCCAAGAACGAUAUCCGUGUUACUGGAACAGACAUUUUAACAGUAACUCAGACGAAAGCAAACAGUGUUGAAGUUACACCCAAUGAGGAUUGUCCUUUGCAGUACCCUAAUGUAACAAUAGUCGCUCCCGAUAGGCCAGUUCAGCUUCUGUUUACCCGAGUUUCUGAAGUUUUUUCCAUGUUUAAGGUUACGCUUGGUUAA